AUGCACACCAGUGGAUAUCCCUUCAUCAACAGCCUCCAAACCAGAGAAGGAAGUCUGCGUAGAAGUCGUCCCGCCAGAAGACGUGUCUUUCGUGUCCAAUACAUGCACCCCAGUGGAUAUCCCCCUUCAUCGACAGACUCCAAACCAGAGGAGGAAGUCGGCGUAGAAGUCGUCCCGCCAGAAGACGUGUCUUUUGUGUCCAAUACAUGCACACCAGUGGAUAUCCCUUCAUCAACAGCCUCCAAACCAGAGAAGGAAGUCUGCGUAGAAGUCAGCCCGCCAGAAGACGUGUCUUUCAUGUCCAAUACAUGCACCCCAGUGGAUAUCCCUUCAUCGACGGACUCCAAACCAGAGGAGGAAGUCUGCGUAGAAGUCGUCCCGCCAGAAGACGUGUCUUUCGUGUCCAAUACAUGCACCCCAGUGGAUAUCCCUUCAUCGACGGACUCCCAACCAGAGGAGGAAGUCUGUGUCGAAGUCGUCCCGCCAGAAGACGUGUCUUUCGUGUCCCCACUUGAGGACACAUUUGUGGAGGCGCUCAAGCCAAUUGACCCCGACGUCAGUGUGAUGGACACCUCCAUAGGCAGCGCCACACUGCUGGAUACCUUUGAGGGGCUGUCCCAUAAUGACAUUGUCACGCUCACUCUGGAGCAGGUGAAGGUGGAAGCCAAGGCUAAGAAUCGGAAGGCGUCCCUUGACCCCCCUGCAGUUGGGGGAGCAGCUGAACCCUUGGUGGCUGAGGAGACCGAGCCCACCGAGGUCUCCAGUCCCGUGAUCAGGAGAAGCAGUAGGAUUGCAAUUAAACAGAUCGAGCGGAAGGUGAAGCAGAACUCGAGACGGAACAACAUCCGAGAAGGGGAGAACCCGGAACCGCAAGCACUGAAAACCCCAGAGAAACUGAAAACAACGCCGCAAAGAAAAAAAGCACAGUCAGUGAACAUUUUAAGUCCUACAAGACAGAACCUGGCACAGCACACCUCGACACCACAGAACACUACACUGUUCAUCCCAGUAGGUCAGAUCCAUGGACCAGCACCAACUGGGGCACAGAACUCAUCACUAUUUAACAACACAGCACUUGGCUCAACUCCAUAUAUUCCAGUAGGAGGUAACCUGGACCAGAAUCUGACUUCGCAAAUUCUGGACCUGCAAAACCCUACACUCUUAUCUGUUCCUUCAGACAACCUUGUACAGCAAACUCAAGCAACACAGAACAUAUCACUACAAACUCUAAAAGUGCAACAAACAACAAAGCCAGCUUCACCCAAACAGAACCCCGGACUAAAAACCCCAACAAAGCGCAAAGUAGAAAGGCUACUCUUCGUGGUGCGGAGCCCAACACGGCCAAUGCCAACUGUUGUGCAGAAUCCAGCGCUGCUAACUGGAACGGCUGUGCAGAAUCCAGCGCUGCUAACGGGAACGGCUGUGCAGAACCCAAUGCAGGUAACUGGAACGGCUGUGCAGAAUCCAGCGCUGCUAACGGGAACAGCUGUGCAGAACCCACUGCAGCUAACUGGAACGGCUGUGCAGAACCCAACACCGCUAAAGGGAACAAUCAAGCAGAACCCAACACCGCUAAAGAGAACAAUCAAGCGGAACCCAACACCGCUAAAGAGAACAAUGGUGCACAACCCAAUGCAGCUAACUGGAACGGCUGUGCAGAAUCCAGCGCUGCUAACGGGAACGGUUGUACAGAUCCCAACACGGCUAACGUCGUCAGUGACAAAUCCAUCCCUGCUCAACCCACCAGUUCAAAACUCAACGCAGUUACUUCAAACAGUACCGUACCCAAAAUGUUCACAAAACCCACAAUCGAAGAUCCAGACGUCUUUAACUCCUGCAGCACAGAACUCUGUUCAACCCACUCCAGUGAUCCAGAACCUAACAGCAAAAACCCUUAAAACACAGAGCCCUGUGGUGCAAACUCCAGCAAAGCGAAACAAAUCAGCAAAAACCCCUGCGAUACAGAAACCAACAACGCAGACCCUAGCACCGAAAACUGUGAAGGCCCUAGCAACCCAGAACCCAACAAUGAUGAGCCUAGCAACCCAUAACCCGACAGUGCAGAUCCUAUCAACACAGAAUCUGCCAGCGCAAACACCAGGAAUGCAGAACUUGGCACAGAACACUCAAGCAGCCCAUAUCCCUGCAGUGCCAACAGCAACAACGAAAUACCCACCACCACCACAGACUCCACAAACGCAGAAUCCAACAGCGCAAACCACACCAGUAGACAACCUCGCCAUGGACACGGUAAUCACACUGAACCUGGAUAUAGAAAUGGAUUACACUGAACCAGAUGAGCUGCAGGCACCUGAGCUCAUCCUCCCCUCCAUCGUUACUCCCCGACCUCAACAUGGCCGCCUCCCCAUGUCAACUUCAGUGGAGACUCCCUUUGUGGCGUCCUUCACGCCGGUACCCCCACCUCCUUCCCCUUCCCCUUCCCCUUCCCUGUCCGCGACUAGUGUGUCCCCAAAAUGCAAGCUUUCACCCCCACCUCCUUCCCCUUCCCCUUCCCCGUCCGCGACUAGUGUGUCCCCAAAAUGCAAGCUUUCACCCCCACCUCCUUCCCCUUCCCCUUCCCUGUCCGCGACUAGUGUGUCCCCAAAAUGCAAGCUUUCUCCCCCACAACCUUCCAAACCCCAGCCCAAUCCUCCGCCGCAGUCACAGGAGAGGAACACAAAGACGACGGCUCUCCCUAAAGUCACGCUGAAGCAUGACCUUAACAGCGCACCUCUAGUUAAACCUCAAAUGUUCAGCGGCUUCAAAGUUCAACAGAGGGAAGCGCCCAGCAGCUCAUCCAGGCUGGGUGGCUCCGGUGGGCUGCAAGGUUUCCUCACCAAGCAACCCCUCACAACGCCAUCUCUACCCCAAGCUCCACUUAGCGCUCCGCAGAAACCCACUCCGGGAAAGAUGGCCGCCAGGCCUGACUGUGCUCCGAAAGGCCAAGCGGCGUUGAUGAAAAUUAAGAAGGACCCUGAUCAGGUGCCUGAGGACGUGAAGACGGCCUCUCUGAGACUGAAGAUGCUGAAGAAGCUGAAGGCCAAGAAGAAGGAGCUGGCGAAGCUGGACUACAUGCUACGCGAGAGGGGCAUGGUGCCGGCCCCUCAGGCGUGCAGCGCUCCGCCCAGCGUGAUCUGCGGCGCGUCAGCCGACACCAGCCCGGCGUCCUCGCAACUCCUGUCGCCCGGCACGCCGUCUACGCCGUCCACCAUGUCUUCGGACGGAGCCGACAUGCUGGAGAUGCUGGCCGGGGGUGGAGGGGACGCGUUCGGGCACCUGAUGAGUGGCAGUGCCCCAGAGAACCCCCAAAAUCUAUACCCCACAAGCGCUCCGCUCAGCGCCCCCUCCACGGCCCCUGCUCCUGACUUCCUGACUAUUGAUGACUUCCUGGAUGAUGUCAUCUUUGACACCAACGCACCAGAGAAGGUUGUGGAAAAUACUGAGUUUGACACGCUGGAUAUGUUCCUAUAAGUCAGAAAUGGUCUGUUCCUCCGUAAAACUUGUUCAAUGUCACUUUUCGUGAGCUAUGUGAAGGUAGUUAAAAGUUUAAUUCAGGCUUUAGAAUUGUUUAUUAAUGUAAAUAGCUGUUUUAUUUAUUUCUGUUCUAAAGUUAUGUACAGAAGAAAGACAUUUGUAAUUAAAAUAAAAGAGUAUUUUCUAAACUUAGGAUGGUUGUCAAUCAUUAAAAACCUGUUACCUUGGUACCCAAUAAGAGGAAUGUUGCACGAACUAACAAGAAUAAAACAGAUCUACAUCUGCUAUUACUGCG